AUGUAAUUUUGUACAUCCCUAAAGUCGACAUCAAUUUUCGUUGCGUUGUAUUAAUUUUCUGGAUUUUCUGUUCUUUCGUUAGUUAUUAACCGGAUAUCCAUGUUUAACAUUAUUCUUUAUUUUAAAAUAUGAUAAAAUAUUAUAUAUUCGGAAAGCUUAUUACUUUUAGUGGAAAAAUGAUUUAAUUGUUUAUAACACUUUGUAACCUUUAAAGCAACAAGUAUUUAGUCCGAAGCACUGGCGUUCAGUUCUUCACAAUUAAACAAAAUAAAACGAAAACCACGGCGUCGAAAAACUGAAGAAACUUCCCAGUUGGAAGCUGAUAACAGAUACAAGGUGAAGAUGCCUGCAGCAAGUUUUGGUUCAAUAUCACAAGCUCCCCCAAAUGGCGACUGUGGGAUAAAAGAUGUGUGGAACCAUAAUUUACAUGAAGAAUUUCAAAUAAUAAGACAGGUAGUGCAAAAGUAUCACUGGGUGGCUAUGGAUACAGAGUUUCCUGGUGUUGUGGCACGGCCAAUUGGUGAAUUCAGAUCUACUGCAGACUAUCAAUACCAACUACUCAGGUGCAAUGUUGAUCUUUUAAGAAUUAUACAACUUGGAUUAACAUUUAUGGAUGAAAAUGGAAAAACACCGCCUGGUUACACUACAUGGCAAUUUAAUUUUAAAUUUAAUCUACAAGAAGAUAUGUAUGCACAAGACUCCAUUGAUUUGCUUCAGAAUUCAGGAUUACAAUUUCGAAAACAUGAAGAGGAUGGUAUUGAACCUUUAGAAUUUGCAGAGCUGUUAAUGUCAUCAGGUUUAGUACUAAUCGACAACAUUAAAUGGUUAAGUUUUCACUCGGGAUAUGAUUUUGGUUACUUACUUAAAUUAUUAACAGACCAAAAUUUGCCACAAGAUGAAAAUGACUUCUUUGACAGCUUGAGGAUGUACUUCCCAACUGUAUAUGAUGUGAAAUAUUUGAUGAAGUUGUGCAAGAAUUUAAAAGGUGGCCUCCAAGAAGUAGCAGAUCAACUAGAGCUGCGGCGUGUUGGUCCGCAACACCAAGCUGGGUCUGAUUCCCAUCUCACAGGAAUGGCAUUCUUUAAAAUCAAAGAGAUCUUCUUUGAUGACAACAUAGAGAGUUCAAGUGGACAUUUAUAUGGACUGGGUGCUCCAUUUUCUGUAAAUGUUAACAACUUUCAAGAUAAUGGAGAAAAUGGGAAUUCAUCUUGAUCAGGCGAGUCCGCGUGCGUGACCAGUCUCACGCCGCCGCCUUCGCGACUGUAUCAUCUGACAGAGUGAAGAUUCACUUCAGUGUGGUGUGUUGUACAUAUUUAUAUUUAAGAACUAGAUUUUAAACACGUGAUUAUUAUGUUUCCUUUUUGGAAGUAAUAUUAUGUUGUAUAAGUUAUAAUUUGUGACAAAAUUACAAUGCAUUCUGUAAAUGGAAUUGUAAAAUAAUUAUGGAAAUGAAUUGGACAGAUAUAUUUAUUGAUGUAUACAUUAUUUUAAAUUACUUUUAGAAAUAUUGUUCUUAAAUCAUAAUGGCAGCGUCACCGCCCUUUUAAUAUUCAGUUUUAAAUGAUGACGGCAUCGACAUCAGGCAUACUUUGUAGUGCUACAUGUACUUUGGAUGGAAGUUCUAAUGUUGCAAAUCUCAGCUUAUUUUUGCGGCCAAGUCCUAUACUUGCAUGUUCUCGUCGAAUAAUGUGUUACUUGGAAAAAUUAUUUCAAUAAUAUACAGCACCUGUACUAAAUAUUCCAAAUCAUGUGAGCCUUAGGCGCC